CCUCCCCCCCCAAACACCUCUUCCUCCAUUUAUUCCUCUCAUCUCACUCGUUCAGUCGUUCGUGAACCCUAGCCCUCUGAAGCCAAGGAAGAGGAACCCCGUACCCAGUACCCUAGCUCUCCGUCGUCGCCGCGGUUCCCAGGUCGUCAGCGCCGCCGCCAUCCCCAGGUCCUCUUCGUCUUCGCUGGCCUCUCGAACCCAGUUCUCCACAUCUCCUCCAUCCUCCUCCAGCGACACCAGCCUGCCAUUCCGGUCUUCUCCAGCCCCAGCCGUCACCAUUCUUCCGGGCCCCUGAGCUUGAAGGCUUGAUUCAACUCCAGUCCGCUGAGCUCUGCCGUUGCCGUCGCCUUCACGUGGUGCUCGCCAGCCGUCACCUCCUCUAGCCGUGCAUUCGCCUCUCUUCUGUUCUGCUGCUCCUCUCUGUUCUCCCAAUCUGCUUCGCUGCCUCUCCUGUUCUCGCUUUAAGUGAGCUUGAGCUGACCUAACCGUGUGCAACCGUAAUAGCUAAGCUGAAGUUCGUUCUAAGAGUCAAUAGAUAUUCGCAGAAUCGGUGACAAAAUGGGUUUAGGGUUGAGAAACUUCAGUGAGAGAAACAAUAAUGGACAACCUGUCCUGGACACUGAGAAUGGGGAGGAACUCAUGCACAUGCAGCGUGGUGUGGACCUUGUGCUUGCCAACCUCCCUCCCAUCUCCUCCGGCACACUCUAUAUUACUACCAAUGAUAUGGCUCAGCGAUGUAGACAACACCAAGGGAUAUGCUGUUGAUUUCUUGUCUAUUUCCCUCCAUGCCGUCUCAAGAGACCCAGAUGCCUACCCCCAUCCUUGUUUAUACACCCAGAUUGACACUAAUGCUGAAGAGGAUGGUUCUGAAAACUCCGACUCUGAAUCCAGUGACAUACAGGAUUUAUUCAGGAUCACAGAGAUGAGGCUUAUCCCCUCUGAUCCUUCUCAAUUGGAUACUUUGUUUCAAGUAUUCUGUGAGUGUGCAGAGCUUAAUCCAGAACCAAAUGAUGAGGAAGGAGAAGAGCGUGAUUGGGUUUUCAGUGCUGAUCAGAUGGAAGGGGAAGAGGAAGAGGAAGAAGGUUAUAUCUCUCAUAAUCCAGCGAACUCUCUUGGUCAGUCAAAUGGACAUCAUGAUCUAGCUCGUACAGUACUUGAGGCUCGAGACACUGAGCUAGAUAUGGAUGCGAAAAAGUUGUUGGCAGUCGCUAUAAGAACAAGAGAGCCACACAUAUCAUUUGGUCUUUAUUCUACUUGUUUAAGGGGCUUCAUAUCAACGAUCAGCGUUUUGAGGAUGCAGAAGAGAUGGAGCACGAUGAGGAUGGCACCCAUAAUUGAGUGGCUGUGUUUAGCCGAACAUAGCAUAUAAACUGUUGGUUAUGUUAUGUAAAUUAGUAUGAAAAUCUAAUUAGGGGGUUAUAUACUGUUGAUAAUUGAUGGACAAUUAUGCGCGACUAAUGAAUUUUGUUUCAUGUUUAGAAUGAUGAAAGUGCUUUGAAAGUGUUAGCAGGUAACAAUAUUAAGCCCCCCUAGUUUUAUUCUAAACCACUAAGAAUAGGUGAAUUGUGAGUAGAUUUGUGCUAAGUCGUGGCUGAUGAUUGGUUUAAUUUAAAUAAGAGAAAGUCUAGGAGAUCAGUACUUUUAUU